CCUUCGACGCAUGCGCACGACGCGUUGUCUGGCAGUGGUAAACAGACGUCAGAAGGGAGUCUUCGCCUCGAGUCAAAACAAAACAAAACAAAACAAGAUAGAUCUACGAGGAAUAGCUGUUGUCCAUUUCCAUUAACAGCAGGAGGGAAUUUAUUUCGCAUUAAGUUCAACCGAUGACCGAAUUGUUUGGGAGAAGAAGCUUUCUUCGACUUUUACCGGAGGGAAUUUAACUCAUAAAAACUGGAGUUGGCUAACUAGGUGGCCAUCUACUUACUCUCCCAGUAGUAAAACUACGCUUUCAAGUUUUGUCCUGAAGGCCGAGGCGCCGGCGAUUGAAUUCGAGACGCUGACGGACUACAACUUUUUGUUUAUUUUCGAGGAAAGCAUCGACUGUGAGGAGAUUUUGGAAGGCUUCGACGGGGCGGACGCGUUGGGCUCAGAUGUGCCCGCUCGAGCAUCGUGUGUAGCUGCGUCUCGAGGAACAUGGCAGAUGGUGACACGCGCCAGCACACAGCGUGGAGGACCGAGCAAACUUGAACCACAGCGACAAAAAUAUAGUUUAUUCUAUGGUAAAACCCAUAAAACAAGCCGUAAUGCCUGUCAGAAAUUAUUUAGGGGUUUUAUUAAUAGUCACAUUUUGAGUUCAGUAAUAUAGCGUUUCUGUCGUACAGUUUUUAGGGGGUUUGAAUUGGGUUUGUUUUUUGACAUAAAAACCCACAACGAAUCGCAAUUAAUAAAAUAACAUGGCUUUGUUGACUUUUAUAAGGCAGCUCUAACAAGCAAUCCCCAUUCACUUGAAUGUUUACAGUAUUCUCACAUUGAAAUACACUCGGUUUACAAGAGGAGUUGGUGUACGACGUGUACUAUUAGGGUGGUUCGUUGUUUUUGUUAAUGAUAGAUUUUCCCUAUAUACUAAUUUUGUUUUCUAGUUGUAAAAUCUAAUUGCGACACCAAAUCAAUCAUUCGCUGCUAUUAUAGGAACCAGUGGGGAAGUGGUUAUUUUAGCAAUUAAGGCGCGUGUUAUGAUUGGUUUUCCCUUAUUCGACUGUCUCAUAGUGUGUAAUUGUCUCCCCGUCACUCCAGCGCGUGGAUUAUUGCAGUAGUGGCUCUUGACAGUCCAGCUGUUUUGAUGUGUAGUGAAUUUCCUUUGUUCUCAAUAGAUAAACAAAGAGACCCCCAUUCUAUCCUCGUUUGCUCUAUGUAAAUCAGAAGGUUUAUAGUAGUUACUAUUAAGGAGAUUAUUUGGCUCCUUUAAUCUCCAAUCUGAGGAUUAACUGACGCUAUAUUGGUGUGCUCAGAUUAUUACGAAUGUGCUUCGUUACCCUCUUGACAAACACGGUUAAAUUUAGUCUGGAUAAUUUACACUGGUCUAAUAGAUCAAGCAGAGCAUAGGAAAUUAUCUCAUUCCUAAACAGGAUUAUUUAACGUGUUUGUUAAAUUGUCUCCCAGUCUGUUGGCGUUGAUAUUUUAAUAUCGCCUCAAAACUGAUUCACUUAAAUCCAGCUUUCCACUGAAAUUAUCUGGAUUGCAUCGCACAAUGGAGGAAGAAAACGUACCCCCGAUUGACCCAGAUUUUGAGCCGCAGACCAGACCGAGGUCAUGUACAUGGCCGCUGCCCAGACCCGACAUCUCAGCUGUCAAAGCUGGGGGGACAGACGGCUCCGAGUCUGCUGCUGGGACCCCGCCCGCCGAGGAAGAUAAACACGACCCUCAGCCAAUCAUCUGCGAUCCUGAGAAAAUCGCGGUCUCGGAGGGCGGGCUCGUCGCUGGAGUGGGCGGAGCUACGCCUCGGAAAGGCUCUUCCCGGCGUAAUGCCUGGGGUAAUCAGUCCUACGCAGAUCUGAUCAGCCAGGCUAUUGAAAACUCGCCAGAAAAGCGACUUACUCUGGCACAGAUCUACGAUUGGAUGGUAAAAACGGUGCCGUAUUUUAAGGACAAAGGAGAUAGUAACAGUUCUGCAGGGUGGAAGAACUCUAUUCGUCAUAAUUUAUCGCUCCACAACAAGUUUCUGCGAGUGCACAAUGAAUCCACAGGAAAGAGCUCUUGGUGGAUGCUUAACCCUGAGGGGGGCAAGACUGGCAAAGCCCAUCGGCGUCGUGCCACUUCUAUGGACAACAGCGGCAAACUGCUCAAAAGUCGUAUACGGGCAAAGCAGACUAAAAAGCAGGCUGGAGCAGCUGGGAUUGGAGGCACAGGAGGUGGCCUGCAGGGUGAGGGGACCUCUGGCACAGGGAAUGCAGACAGUCCUGGGCCUCCAGGUCAGUUUGGAAAAUGGGGAGUGAACAGCAGCAGCCCUUCCUCCCGUGGCAGCCUGGAUGACCCAGACAUUUGGACAAGCAUCAGGCCACGGACAAGCUCCAAUGCCAGUACACUGAGCGGUAGGCUUUCUCCAAUUGCUACAGGACAGGAGGAUGAAGAUGAUCUACCUGAGGAUGGACUUCUUGGUGGCUAUUCAUCAGGGAAUCUUCCUUCAACACUACCUGAAACCCUCAUGGAAGAACUGGAUUUGAUUGAUGGGCUCACUUUAAUGACUGCUCCACAAGGGGGUGCAAGCCCAAGCAUGGCUCCUCCUGCCCCACCGCAGCCUUUGCCCUCAGCAUCCACUCUGCUGCCUCGAGGAUCCAGCUUUCCCUCAUUUAGGCAGCUCCAGCCAACGAAGGCCUCUCAAGGAUCCACUCCACCUGGGCCACAGAGCUCAGUUCAGCCUAAUGCAGGAUCCAGCACAUCAAGCCCAUCAAACUUCGGAAACUCCCUUUUUAGCCCUCUGCCUGGUCCAGGUCACAGUGGUUUCAGCACUCAUGUGCCCUCCAGCCUCGAAGCUCUCCUGACCUCUGAUUCGCCCCCACCCAGUGAUGUCAUGAUGACCCAGAUGGACCCUCUGAUGCCGAGUCAAGGAGGUGGGGGCCUUUUGGGGCUCGGGGGAUCUAUGUCUAGCAGCCAAGUUAAAGCAGGGCAGAUGAUGUUGAGCAAAGGCAUUGACACAAGCACGGUGGGACAGAUGAGCCUCCAGCGUCCACCCCAACUCCAGCACUCACAGAUGGGCUUUGGAAUGAUGCACAUGGCCAUGAGCCAGGAACCACCUCAGCUCUCAACUGUAAAGACCCAGCAUCAGGUGCCAGGUUCUGGGCUUCUGCACCAUGGAGUGAUUCCCUCACCUGCUGGAAAUGGGGGCUUGCAAGGAUUGGGCCAAUUUUCAACAAUGCCGUGCUUCAUACCCUCACAGGACCGUCUGCCUACAGACUUAGAUAUUGACAUGUUCACCGAAAACCUGGACUGUGAUGUGGAAUAUAUCAUCAACAGUGAUCUCAUGGAUGGAGACUUGGUUGACUUCAACUUUGACCCCAUCAUACAGGGUGGACAGGGUUAUACUGGGCCAGCGACCACACAGAGCUCCUCCCACAACUGGGUGCCCAGCUAACUCCACUGUUGAAGAUGAGUACAGGAUUGUCCCCCAUCCUUAACACUUCAAAACCGAUGUGGCAAAAUGUCUGAACAUAUUCUCAUUUUCUUGCCUCUGCAUUUGCCAUUGUACCUCAAACACAGAAAUGGCUUCAGCUAAGAACACACUUGGCCAAGAAGCUUCAAGUCAGAAUUUUUAAUUAGACAAUGAAAUCCGACCUCAUACAUGUCAAGUGCCAAUGUCAACUUAAGAGUGUGCUAUUGGACACAGAAAACAUGGUCUUGAAACAUUUUUAUUUCUUAUCUUGUCUUGUAUAUGCAGCAUAUUUUGUUUGAAAAUUUGUUUUCGGCCAAUCUUGGACUGAAGAAGCACAACUAAUAAACAGCUAAUCAUGUUUAUUACAUAGAUGACUAUGACGUGUAGUAUAAGAUGGAGACUGUGGUACUCCUUGAUCUCCUUCACCCUCAAAUGGAACUCUUUUUAGCCAGGAGGAUCAAACUUUGCAGCUUUUUUUUAAACAUGACUUGUUGUUUAUUAAACAGCAAGUUAAGAACCGAGCAGCCACGAUUCUGCACAGAUGAUGUUCCUUCCAGAGCUGAUCCGAUGUUGCUCUCAGCCCCCAUCCGAGGACGAAUACAACAUGGUACCACAGGAAUGUUAAGUUGAGAACAAUGUUGAGUGGCGAUGGUAUCACCAGCUCCACUGCACAGCAUGGCUUGUGCUGUCUUAGUGGUAUGAAGCACAUGCAUAUUGCGAAUGCAUCAAAGCAGCAAAGCAUUGUUGAAAGUUUCAAAGUGGUUUGGCGGCGCUGUUGUUGAUCAAUGUGCAAUUAAUUUGGCUUUUAUGACCUCUGCUCUCAAGAAGGUGUUUUUCCUGUGACGUGCUGAAGAGGCUGAUAGCUGAAUGAUGAUUUAACUGUCUGCUCUUAAGUGUUUGUUAGUGAUAACAACAGUAUGAAGAAAUGUGAUUUUUCCACAGGGCAUUUUGAUGCAUUUAUAUUCCUGCCAACAGGUUAAAUGGUAUAGUGUUAUUGUUGGAAACGUGUGCCCUUUUGCAAAAUGCAAUACCUGAAGUUUUUUUUCUUUUGUGUGUGUGUGUGUGUGUGUGUGUGCGCAGGAGGGUGUGUACGUGUGUACAUUUGUGUGCGUGCAAAUAUGUUUAAUGCUCCCGAAACUUGAUUCCAACACACUGACAACAGAAUUCAAGGUUAUGCUGAAUCAUUUCAUUUAAGUGCAGGUGAAAGUUUGUUAUAUGCGAGUUUGAAGCGAUUCUUGAAGAAACGUGGAUACAUUGAGAUGUUAUUGUUCCUCUGGCAUGUUUGACUGUGUCUACAGAGGCACGAAAGGAAAAACUAUUUUCUCACUGAACAGUUUUUCAUAACCAGCACUACUCGUAUUUUGUAAAAGAUCAAAAACAGUUGAAUAUAUAUAGUAUAUCUCAAGUAUAAAUCUAAUUUAGAUCAGAUCGUUGUCCUUAACAGAGACUAAUAAGAGGAAAAACAUGCUGUUAAUUCGCUUUUUUUAAUCCAAGCAGAUGCUAUUUCAGAUCAUUUUUAACGGUCAUUUUCUAUGUAAUCUUUUAUUUUUGUAAAAGAUGAGAUGCAUAUAGAUUUUAUACAAUAACCAAAGGAACACUAAGAACUGCAUGUUGGGUGGAUGGACACAUUGCAGGAGUGGAUAAGCUUUAUGAAGAAAAGAAUCAAUGAACUCUUAAUUUGACUGAUUUAUUGCAUGGUACAUUUAUCCGAAUAGUCUUUAAAAGUUGAAAUUUACUAUAAUUGUGUGAAAAAGAAAAAAAUAUAUAAGAAUAAGUUGUUUUUAAUAGUUGCGACAUGAGCUUUUCUCUAUGUCUAGGCAAUGAUUUCAUCUCAGAACAAAGGACUGGUCCAAUUGAAAGCGAUUAAUGCAAUGUUUCACUCAGGGUUAUGGAAAAUAAUAAUUAAAACAACUUCUGUAAGGAAGUAAUGAGAUAAUCAUGUUAUGACUUCAGUGCUCAUGGCCUUUUCUAAAUUAUAGAAGUCAUUAUGCAAGCCAAUGUCACAUAUAUAGUUAAACCUUGAAGACAUAUAUCUAAUGCUGCAGUUUAUUAUGAGAGAUUUAUCUAAUGUAUGCAUUUGUAGAAUUCCUACAAAAUCUUGUAAACUGCCAAUGAACACUAUAGCAUGUCGCUCCAGAGCAAACCAUACAGUUUUUAAAGCCCUUUUUAUUCAACUUGUACCGAUUUUGUAACAGAAGGGUUGACUUAUUUAAUUGUUGGUUCAUUUAAAACCAGCAUUUUGAAGAUUUUUAUUUGAUGUAUGAAUUGGCUUCAAUUGGAGAGCUUGUCAUCAGCAACCAUCACGUCGUUUUAAUGGUAUGAGUGCGUUAGAUUAACUAUUAAAGCGCUCUUUCCUUACAGAGGAAUAAUUUUGUAUCCUAUUCAUCGGUGCUAGAUAUUAUACAUGAGAAUUAAUGAGGGCCAUAUUUGAUUGGUGCAUAUGUAGAUAUCCGGGCCUGUGAUAAUUUUAUGCAAGACAUAUUAAGUUAAUUUCUUAAUGUAGAACAUAGUAUGAGAAAUUGAUCUGUGUUUUAUUUCCCCGAAUCUCAGUUUUUGUAUAUUAUAAAAGAAGCUGUGAAUGGGGAGGGAGGGGGUUUGGCCAUCUCACCACAUAUUGUAUAACAGUGCACCUCAAGAAUGGUGUCAGUGUGGUGUGUAGAUUAAUACAGCGAUUGAUGAUUGAUUUCAAUCAACUGUUUACAUCGAUGUGCUUGUCUUUUGGGGCAUCUUUUUUCAUGUUACGUUUGUACAUGUAAAACAUCUCCCUGAAGUCAGAGGUGAUCGUCAUGCCUGCAUGGUACAUCUUCUGGAAAGCUUCAAAGCUGACAGUCACCUUUGACUUUUUCUAAUGUCAUUUGAAUUUUUAUAGUUAACACUGUGGCUUCGUACAAAUGAUGAAUAAUGUAUUUGCCCCAUCAGACAGACAUCACAGGGCUGCUGCAUGAAAUGCAGGAAUUCCACACCUUCCCUCUUUCCAAAUCACUCUCACCUUCCUUGUUUGAUAUUAUCCUUCUAUCCUUCUUUAGUACUCAUUUUUUUAGUUCCUAUAAUUUUUUCAACAGAGUUUGCUAAGUAUCCCAGUUGAUAACACAGGACAUUAGUUUAUGGUCUGGGUUGGGUUUUUUCUCUUUUGUUUUGGGUUAUGCCGGGAUGUAAGACUGACGAGUUGUGCAUAGCCAAUACUGUAUAUGUACUUGAUUGCUUUUGUUUUUUGAUCAAAACUUUGUCUGCCCCCAUAUUUUGUUAGUCAGAGGUCAUUGAAAGCAGUUCAGCAUAAUAGAAAUAAACCUAAUCUGUUUAACGCAGA